UUAGGCAGUAAAACUAGUGUGGCUGUGGGCUGAUAUGUCAUUUGAGCUUGAGGAAAGGAAGGGGCAAACUUGGAUCUCUCUGAGCCUGUGAGCUUUUUUAAGAAAUCAGUGGAGAUCCCUGAGAAGCGUGUGUGUGGGGGCGUGUAUGUGUGUGUUUGCGUGAAACCGUGAGGUGUUACGUGCAUAAGGCCAUUUUACAGCUGCCAGUCUCUCAUUGGGUGUUUCUGUUAACAGGAAGAAUGCUGGAACAUUGCCUCGCAUUUGGUCGGUCCCUUGUGAGGAGGAAGAAUGUGGACCAGGACUGUCUGGAGGAGUCCAAGCUGUGCCGCUGCCUCUCCACUGUUGAUCUAAUUGCCCUCGGGGUUGGAAGUACACUUGGGGCCGGUGUCUAUGUGCUCGCUGGGGAGGUGGCCAAAGGCAAUUCUGGCCCCAGCAUUGUGGUAUCUUUCCUCAUCGCCGCUCUCGCAUCUGUGAUGGCUGGCCUCUGUUAUGCAGAGUUUGGUGCACGGGUACCCAAGACGGGCUCGGCCUAUUUGUACAGCUACGUGACCGUGGGGGAGCUCUGGGCCUUUAUCACAGGAUGGAACCUCAUUCUGUCAUACGUCAUUGGGACGUCUAGUGUGGCGCGUGCCUGGAGUGGGACGUUUGAUGAGCUUAUAGGUGGCCACAUUGAAAAGUUCUGCAAAAUGUACUUCAAAAUGAGUUUGCCUGGCCUGGCAGAGUACCCUGAUUUCUUUGCUGUCUGCCUGAUCUUACUACUGUCAGGUCUUCUCUCCUUUGGGGUGAAAGAAUCAGCUUGGGUCAACAAAAUCUUCACAGCUGUAAACGUGCUUGUGCUGAUGUUUGUUAUCAUUUCUGGAUUCGUCAAAGGAGACUCGCUCAAUUGGAAUUUAUCAGAGGAAUCUCUCAUAAAUGUUACCAUUGUCAAAAGGAAUCUCUCACACACUGCUAAUAUUACAAGUGAUUACGGGGCAGGGGGAUUUUUUCCUUAUGGCUUUAGCGGGACCUUGGCUGGUGCGGCCACAUGCUUUUAUGCCUUCGUGGGAUUUGACUGCAUUGCAACCACAGGUGAGGAGGUGAAGAAUCCCCAGAGGGCCAUUCCCAUUGGGAUAGUUGUUUCCCUGCUAGUCUGCUUCCUUGCUUACUUUGGCGUUUCAGCAGCCCUCACCCUUAUGAUGCCCUACUACCUACUGGACGAGAAGAGUCCUCUGCCUUUGGCUUUUGAAUAUGUGGGUUGGGAGCCUGCGAAAUAUGUUGUAGCAGUAGGAUCACUCUGCGCUCUAUCGACCAGUCUGCUGGGCUCCAUUUUCCCAAUGCCGCGUGUAAUCUAUGCUAUGGCACAGGAUGGGGUGCUUUUCAAAGUGUUAGCCCAAAUCAAUCCUAAGACGAAGACCCCUCUUAUUGCUACCAUGUCUUCAGGUGUAGUUGCAGCUAUCAUGGCUUUCCUGUUUGACUUGAAAGCACUGGUGGAUAUGAUGUCUAUUGGAACCUUGUUAGCAUACUCUUUGGUGGCUGCUUGUGUUCUAAUCCUCAGGUAUCAGCCGGAUGCUGCGUUUGAGAGGUCUAGGAUCAAUGAAGGGAAGGAAGAGGUUGGUGAAUCUGAACUGACUGAGUCUGAGUCUCACUUGAACAUGCUGAAGGAUGGAAGCGUAACCCUGCGCUCUCUGCUCAACCCUCCACUGCUGCCCACUGAACAGACCUCCACUGUUGUCAACGUGUCUGUUAUAAUCAUGGUGUGUGUUGUGUGUGUUAUUAGCUCACUCAACACAUACUACGGACAGGCCAUUAUUGCUAUGGAGCCUUGGGCCCUGGGGCUUUUAGGAGCAUCUUUGUUCAUCUUCAUCAUGUGCAUCAUUCUGGUUUGCAGACAACCUCAGACAAGGAAGAAAGUUUCCUUUAUGGUUCCUCUGUUGCCCUUUCUACCCAUCUUGAGUAUAUUUGUCAACGUAUAUCUCAUGGUUCAACUCAGUGGAGACACGUGGAUCCGUUUCUCCAUCUGGAUGGCCAUAGGUUUCCUCAUCUAUUUUGGAUAUGGAAUGUGGCACAGUGAUGAGCGUAAAAGGCAUCUACAGAACUGUGGUGUUGCGUCAGAGAAAAAGACACUGACCGGAAAUGAAGGCACUGCGGGGCAUGGGACGCACAUAGAGAAGACUAGCCCAUGUUAAAGAACAGUGGAUGAACUAUGAUAGUAACUAGCUGUUAUCCAUGGCAUUCACCAACCAGCUGACAGACCUGAACUCUGUGUAUUCAGCUCUGCCUUUACAGUUACUGCCAUCAUGAACAAUCACUGUAACACCUCUCAGUGCUGACGUGACAGAAGGAAGUUAGGGGUGUGUGAUCUGACAAUGAAAAUUCAAUGCAUUGAUUUUAGAUUCUAUUUAUACCCAAUAUAAAUUGUCCUUCUACUUAUGUUUUGGUUGUGACUUCAGAAUAUAGUUAUAUAAAAAUAUAUCAUAUAUUAUAAAUAAUAAUGAUGAUUAGUAGGAAAAUAACUGAAAACGAAUAGUGACCAAAUCUCAGUGGCCAAAUUUUCAUAACUAAAACGGAAAACAAUCUCCUUUUAAAUGUGUUCAAAAGAGAAAGGGAAUGCAUUUUUGCAUAAAAGUAUUAAGAUUUCCACAGUCAGUAUGUUAGAAUUACUUCCACUGUUAGUUUAAUUUAAAAAAAAAAGGGAAAAAAACAAAAAACAAUUUAUAUAUAUAUAUAUAUAUAUAUACUAAGUUUUAAAAGUAUGGGACACGUGGUUAAAUAAUGUGGAACAUCAGAAAAAAUAUUGCAAAAGCCAUGAUAUUGGAGAAAGCCCAGCUUUACAGUAUGUCUACAUGUUUGAUUGUCUUGUUAAAGUGUUUAAUUCUAAGAUUUAGAAUUAAUUUUUUAACUUACUGUAUGCGCAUGAGACGUAAAGCUGCUUGGAUAACACCAUUUCAUGUUUUCUUGUAUUCUGAUAAACACUACUUUUUAAUCUUCGUCCAUGUUACAUGUGAAUGUUUGACAGGGAUAUCCUACAAUGCACAGUAUUCAUAGGUCAAUCUGUUGUUUAGAAACCAGAAGGUCUUGUGAUGUUGAAGAGGAGCAAGCACAUAUGUAUGUUUUGUCUUGUAAAAUUACCUUUUUUUCCCCACUUUAUUUACUUGCUUUUUUUAUUACUCUAUAACAAACUAAUCUGACUUUUUCAGAAAUGCUAUGAUCAAUAAUCAAUCUACACUACGUAGUUCACUGCGGCCAUUCAGUACAUGACAAUUUGUUUAAUCCAGCUAACUAAGUAAUCAGUCUAAAAAAUGGACAACCUGAGCAUCUGAAUAUGAUUCUUCUGCUAAUAGAGAGGCUAAAAUUGUGGCACAAACAUUAAUAGCAAUGUGUUAAUGCCUCAUUAAAUAAUGCACAUUAACUUCCGUUUAAAGCCUUUGUAUCAUUGUAUUUUAUCAUUAUAAUGUUUUUUAAUAAUGGAAGUAUUAUGUGGAUUAUGCCAUUGUUAAAACAAUGCAAAGUGGUUUCAUACAAAACAAUAAAAGAUUUCUCCCUUUUUAA